AUGGUCCUUGAGGCCACCAUCUUAUGCCUCGAUAACAGCGAACACGUUCGAAACAGCGAUUACGCCCCGUCUCGACUCCAGGCCGAGGCGGACGCCGCGAACUUACUCGCCGGGGCGAAGACACAGGCGAACCCGGAGAACUCGGUGGGAGUGAUGUCGCUCGCGGGACGGGCGCCGAGAGUGUUGACAACGCCAACGCAAGAUUUAGGCUCAGUGCUCUCGAGCGUGCACGGGGUGAAGAUAGAGGGCGAGAUUAACGUCGUGAGCGGGGUUCAGGUGGCACACUUGGCGUUGAAGCAUCGACAGAAUAAGCAUCAGAGGAUGCGCAUCGUCAUGUUCAUCGGAAGCCCGAUUUCGGCGGAGGAGGAGGAGUUGAGAGCGGUCGGGAAGAAGCUGCGCAAGUGCAACGUCGCGGUGGACGUGGUGUCGUUCGGCGACGUUGAGGCAAAUAAACCGAAACUGGAGGCGUUCAUGUCGAGCGUGAACAAAAACAAUAAUUCGAACUUGGUGGAGAUCGAGGCUGGGGCGAACUUGGCGGACGUUUUGUGCGGAACGGCGAUCUUUAACCAGGACGGACCGGCCGUUGGGAGCGGGUUCGCUGCGGCAGCCGCGGCGGCGCAAUCGCAGGCGGCGAUGGGCGGGUUCAGCGGGGAGGGCGGCGAUAUGGGCGACAUGGGUGACGAUCCAGCGCUCAUGAUGGCCCUCCGAAUCUCUCUCGAGGAAGAGCGCGCGAGACAGGCGGCCAUGGAGGCGCGCGGAGAGGGCUCCACCGAGGCCGCAGCGGAGGCCUCGACCGAGGGCGCCGGGUCGGUCGACACGUCUCAACCCGCGCACGCCGCGGAUCCGAUGAUGCUGGACGACGACGCGCUGUUACAACAAGCCCUGGCGCUCUCGAUGGGCCAAGAGGGCGCGCAAGAGGGCGCUCCAGCGCCGGCGAUCGACGAGGAAGAUGACCCCGAGCUCGCCGCCGCGCUCGCGAUGUCCCUGCGGGAGCACACUGAGAACGCGGACGGCGACACCGCAUGA